AUGCUCUACGCAACGAAGGAGAGCUGCGCCGGGGCUACUAGUCGGGGAUGUAGGGUCAGAAGCAAGCACACGAUCUUCUCCUGCGACUCUCGCGCCACAAAUCCCUCCUUUCUAAACGCUUACAGCGCCGGUUGUCCGUCGGCGUUGUGCUGGGCUGGCGUUGCGAGCAAAGACGAAGACGCGAUACACCUUCUCCCCCAAGAAGGAGAGCGACUGGGCGAAGAACAAGCUCCGCGAUGGGCGCUGGUGUGGGAGACGAUGCUGGGGGAUCCGCUCACGUUCUUUCCGGCCAUCGUCACAGCUCCUUGGACGCCAGCCUUGCACGAUGUUAGACAGCUCGACGCGGCUCUAUCUAUGCUUUGCUGGCCUGAGUCGGACCAGCAAGGCGUAGGGGAGUUGUCGCAACAAAUGGGGGGAUACCACGGCUCUGGAGAAACGCGGGCUUGCGGUAUAGCAGCCCAAUCUUACCGUUCGCCACAAGAACAAUCGACACAAGUCCUCCACAUACAUAACAUGGCCCUUUCGCGAAUCUACUCCACCCACACAGACACUUGCCCAUCUGCAUCCCCUCUUGUCGUCCUUCCAAUGCAUCUCCGAUCCUCGUUCUGCGGAGAAUGUCCAGCAGCAAGCCACGAUUGGGCUGAGAUACUUCUCGGAUUCAGCUUGCGCAUGCGCUCGACAGCGCGCUCUAAUGGCUCACAACUACAUCCCCAAUCAUACGAAACUCCGCUCUUAUCUGUCCCCUUCCCUCCCUUCCUGUUCCCGUUCCCCAACCGCCCCGCGACUACGGACUUGCUCGCCUCGAAAAUUAGGCGCCGGCUGUCACAUGCACCAGCCGGCAACCUUCCACUUGCUCGACGCGGGCGACGGAAUCCAGCGCGGAAACGAUACCUCAAGCUCGAGAGCCAGGAUUUUGUCGACUGCCUCGAGUCUCAACCGUGUUCGUGCUCGUUGUGGCGCUUGGGCGCCGUCGGAAGGCUGCUUGCGCCUCUCCUGCUUACUGUGCUCGUCAUGUGGCCUGCGCGGGGCUGCGUUCUAUAUCCGUGGUAUCAGCGCCAUGAUAUGGGUGUCACGAGUAUCUUUCCUGGGAUGAGAAGGAGGAAGACCCGGCAAUGUCACCACUCUCCUGUAUUCCGAGUAGGCGGGAAGGCUUGUAUUUGUUAG